AUGGCCGCGAGAACCAUUAUCAUCGACCACGGGUCUGGCUUUCUGAAGGCUGGCUUGUCUGGGUGGAAUGAGCCCCAGAUGGUCUUCCCGAGCAUCGUGAACUACAUCCCGUGCAGGGAGAACCCCGGCCCCAGCUAUGCCCGAAGGCGCGUGAGUCUGGGCAUCGACAUUUGCCACCCUGAUACCUUCAGCUACCCCAUCCAGCGUGGCCGCGUCCUCAACUGGGAAGGCGUGGAGCACAUCUGGUCAUUUGUCCUGGAGAAACACAGGCGGGAGCAUGAGGACUCCCCCGUGAUGGUCACAGAGUGCCCUCUGAGGGAGCCCGCGGACCGACAGAAGACCCUGGAGAUUAUGUUUGAGUUACUGGAUGUGCCGUCCGUACUCCUGGCCGACCAGCUGGAGAUGUCCCUGUACGCCUCGGGCCUCCUGACCGGCGUGGUGGUCGAUUCCGGCUACGGCCUGACCCGCGUGCAGCCCUUCCAUCUGGGCCGCCCCUUACAGCCCGGCGGCAAGACGCUGGAGUUCGCGGGCCAGGAUCUGGCGGCCUAUCUCUUCAAGAGCCUCUUUAAGGAGGAUUGCAAUCUCCACAACCUGUUUCAGCUGGAAACGGUGGCCACCACGCAGAUGAGCAAGUGCUAUGUGCCGCAGAACCUGGGGGAGGCGCUCGACUUCCGCCAGAGCCUGCCGAGCGGCUCGGACGACAGCAACGCCUACCAGCUCCCCGACGGCACCCGCGUGGAGCUGACCCCCAUGCAGCGGCUGGCCCCCGAGAUGUUCUUCAGCCCCCAGGUGUUCGACCUGCAAGGGCCGGGCAUCUCCCAGGCCGUGGUGGAUGCCAUCCUGGCCUGCGAGGCCUCCAUGCACCCGCUGCUCACCUCCCACGUGAUGGCCUGCGGGGGCAACACCCUGUACCCCGGCUUCACCAAGCGCCUGUACAAGGAGCUGAUGGCAGAUCAUUUCUCCUCCUCCAAGGCCACCAUGUGGGUGGGUUCCAACAGAAACUUCAGCGUCUGGCUGGGAGCGUCCGUGGUGGCCCAUCUGUCUACCUACAGGUCCGAGUGGAUGACCAAGGAGGACUAUGAGGAGAGUCUCAGGCUGUGA